GUCUUGCCGAGUGCCUAUCUGCCUAUCAUAUUGCCCACCGUUAUUCUAUGUUAUCUGCGAGGUUUUGGGUGCUUUUCGGCUAUCGUGCAUACUUGCAUUCUGCCCUUGCUAUCUACCAAUUGUACCAGCAUCUAUUUCCCUGAUUGCGCCCCUUGCCCUUCCAACUUCUUUUCGAGGGUUUGUGUCUUGACUCAUUUCGUCUCUGAUGAUUUCGCAUCUGCGUGUACUAGGCAAUCACCGCUGCUGCCGCUUUUGUCUGCUUUUCGAUAAUAACACAUAGAAGCUUCUGCUGAAGCCCAUGCAUGCUGUCCUUUUCCCAAUCGUCGCUGUUUCAACGCGGCCGCAAGGACCGGGAACUCGCCGCCAGCAACCACGACAAUGAGAUUUUAGCACGGGGCGGGCGUGAUCCCCGGGACCAAAAGUCCUCCCACAACAUGCCCGCUCCGCCUCCUCCGCCAGACAACAACCGGCCAACCUUGCAACAACUGCUACCUGACAUCCACGAGGAUGCCACCCAGCCCUUCUCGUCCCUGUUCGGCCCAUCGUUCGACAGGGCCACGGUCGAGUCGGCCGCGCAGCUAGCCGACAGAAGCAUCUUCAUCACGUCGACGGGCAGCCGCUUCCGCCUCGAGCGCAUCGACGCAGAGCCCGCCCCCAAGCCGCCGCAGCAACAGCUCUCGGCGAGCUGGGGUUCGAGUCGGCUGUCGGAAUUGCAGGCGCGACCGGCGCACAGAUCGACGCCACCAACGGCCGCACAGUCCCUUCCCGCCGAUUCCCCACUCCGCCCGCAGCAGCCAUCGUCCCCAACAUCCAUCACAUCCGCAACCGCUGCGUCGCCGAUACAUAGAAAUGCGGUAUUACCGUACACUGGGUCUCUGUCGGGGGGCGAUGUGCUUACCCCAGACAGCGCAGGCACCGAACAUGCCACGGAUAGGAUGAGGACACUGAGCUUGGGCGAGGAUGGGUUCGGGGCCACGGCUUUAUUUACACAUUCUGAUGGUGGCGCACAGGCUGCUGAGAUCUUGACCGACUCUCAGUCGGCCGAGAGGCUGGCUAUUGGAGGAGAGUAUGUUAGCGACUUGGACACGCGGCCAUUAUCACCACCGGACUUGGAGUUUACCGACUACGCAAGGGUUCGCGGCACAUCAUAUUUUGGAGAGAGCAGCUCGUCGCGGACACAUGAAGACUAUUUGAGUAGAUCGUUUACGCACCCGGAUCCUUUCUCACCACCCGCUUAUGCGCCGUCACAAAUCCCGGGAUUCCAGCCACCCCGAGAAAAGGCACCCUCUUCGGCACGGAGCUCGUCGUUGCCUUCCCUAAUGGAGCAUUCUAACCCUGUCGCGCUAGGGACUCCGCAAGCACCUACUGCGAUACCUACCUCACCACUUUCGACAGCGACCAGCGUUGGUGCAGGGUCGAUUGCGCAGGCUUCUAGUGAUCCCGAGGAAGUGGGCGGUUACUUUUACGAUACACAAACACCUAUAGUGGUAGGUCCUGACGACCCUCCACCUCCAGUGCUUGCUCGUUCUGGCACUGCACAGUCUGCACACACCCCGCCGGACAGCCUAAUCGCGACACGGGAUAAUGUAUUACCUGGGGAGGACGUGUUGUAUGACGGCGCCGUCAAGAGCGCGCACACCCUGGUUGGACCAUUCGAAACCGGGCAUUUGAAAGUCUUCAGGAAUAACCUGAACCAUGAUCUCAGGUUCCAUUGCAAAGUAGGCAACAACACCGAGAUACACUGGAUGAAGGGGAUCAAGGCAAAGAUGGUUCCGUUUUACGCAUACGACCAGCGCUCCGGCAACAUCGUCAUGAUCCGUGACGGUGACGAGAGAAGCAAGCGCCAGGGCUCCGUAGCAUCGCAGGCCGCAGCCUACAGCAGCGCGGCCAGCGCUAUUUACAGGUUCGACGCGUUACACGACCUUUUUAAGUUCCAGUCUCAGCUGACGGGCGAGUCGGUGGUCUUGGACAUAUCGUCAGUCAAGUGGAUCCGGCUCGCGCGCGCAAACAGUCGAUCCGUUGAGAUGUACAGCUCGGUGCGGCUGCAGAUCUGGCAUGAGCCGCGGGCGCGGCGGGCGGCGCAGAGCGAUGUCGCCUCCUUCAUUACGGCUGGCACAGCGCUAUCCGGACCUCUCCGAGAUAGGACGACGCUCAGCGCUUCACGGCUAAUGGUCUUCCUUGGUCGGGCGGAAGAGUACAUCACUGCCUUCAUCACGGACGACGUUGAGAUGGAGCCGAGGGGGCACACAUCCGCCAGACUGAAGCCGAGGAAAUACGGAGGAAUACAUAAGCGGAACUCAAGGCCAGGUAUAAGAGCUCGACUUGAACAGAAAACAGGGGGCGACGUGGCUAGCCUUGAUAUACACGGAGAACCAUACGACCCAGACGUUGAGCAGGGCUUCGAGCUAUAUAAGACGUUCGAGAUCGAAUUCGAGAGCGAGCCGAGCCAGGUCAACUUCUGUUCCGCAUGGGCUGAGGUGAUCCAAGAGCGGCGGGCUCAGCGGGAGAGGCUGCGCAAGAUCCAAGAGGACAUGCGCAAGGAGACUUUCUCGCCUAGGGAGGCGUUAUCUAUCCUAACAUGAAUGAUUGGUUGGAGCUCUGGCGUCCUGGUUUUUUUCUCUAUACUCUAUUAUAUUGGCUUUUUGGUUUUGUUUUAUUUUGUUUAUAUUUUCUUAACUUGUUCAUCCGUGUAUGCUUUUGAGAGAUUGGUUGCACGGUCUGGAGUAUCUCAGGAGCACAGCGGGGGGUUUCAUACUUUUCUCGGAGUUGAUAUUUGGGUGCACAGGCAUAUUCCCGCUUGCUAUGUCAAGAAAAAAAGAUCCUGAUUUGGAAUCACUGCAAGAAUUCCUACUAGUUCUAGUGCUAGUGAUAAAAAAAAAAGAAAUACUGACUUUCGUAUUUGUGACUUGAUACGCCG